AUGUCCCUAUUGCAUAAGCUACAUCGAGAGAUAUAUGUACUAGAUGGGGAAUCGUUCGCAUGGCUAUUACGCGAGACGUGUGGGAUAUUACCAGUCGGUAUAGACAGUGCCAGAGUGAAGACAAAAGGUCUGAAGUGGGAUACAGAGAACCCAUUAGUGACAAUAGAAACAGAUAGACCUGUGAUGUGGACAUGUGAGAUCCGAUCUCCAUUGUAG